UGCCCUCGUUUCACUGGGUUGGGCUCACUGGAAGGUGUGUUGCUGUGGGCUGCUAGAAGAAUACUCACCGGCGUCAGAAGAAAUGACUUGCCGCUGACCGCCCUGGGCUUCUAGAGACCUUUCUCUGGACUGGGAAGGAUUGGAUUAACUGGGAAUACGUCAAGAAGAUUCAAGAAGCUGUAGAGGUGAAGUAAAUCUGUGAAGGACCAGUAUGGGAAUCCUAUACUCUGAGCCCAUCUGCCAGGCGGCCUAUCAGAAUGACCUGGGUCAAGUGUGGCGGUGGGUGAAGGAAGAUGGCAACUAUAUCAAUGUCCAAGAUGGCUUUAAUGGAGACACCCCCUUGAUCUGCGCUUGCAGGCGGGGGCACAUGAGAAUUGUUUCCUUUCUUCUGAGAAGAAAUGCUGAUGUGAAUCUCAAAAACCAGAAACAGAGAACCUGCUUGCAUUACGCUGUGAAGAAAAGAUUUACCUUCUUUGAUUAUCUACUCAUUAUCCUCUUAAUGCCUGUCCUGCUUAUUGGGUAUUUCCUCAUGGUGUCAAAGACGAAGCAGAAUGAGGCUCUUGUACGAAUGCUGCUUAAUGCUGGUGUCGAAGUUAAUGCCAUAGACUGUUAUGGCUGCACCGCGCUACACUAUGCCUGUGAAAUGAAAAACCAGACUCUCAUUCCUCUGCUCCUUGAAGCCCAUGCAAACCCCAUGAUAAAGAAUAAGCAUGGUGAGACUUCCCUGGAUAUUGCACAGAGAUUAAAAUUUUCCCAGAUUGAAUUAAUGCUAAGGAAAGCAUCAUAAUCUUUGCAAUCUCAUGUGAAGAAGUAGCAAAAGGCCUGGAUUGUGUCUCAAUCUUGGACUGUGGGUCUGCAGACCACACAACCUGGAGACCCCCAUGGUAUGGGGAUAAAGUUGGUUGCCAUGGGUAACAUUUUCGAAGAGCUUUGUAUUUCUAAUGUUUUUUGCUCAGUGGAGUUCAUUAUGGUCACAAUCCUUCUGGGGGAGACACUAAAGAUGUUGGACUCUCCACAUCAGUCAAAACAAGGUGAUGUUUCAAAGUCAAUCUCUUCUGAAGGAAAGAAUCAGUGUUCUUCUCUCUUUUCAGUUGCACUGCUCUUAUAAAGAGGCUGUCCCAUCCAUAUCCUGCCCCAAGAGACAAACUGUUCCUCUAAGGCUCCUUUGAGUAAUAAGACCAAGAAUCAAGCAUAUAUAUUCAUACAGAAUGGUAUAUGUAUGUGUGUAGGUUUAGAGAUUUAUAUGUAAACAUUCAAACUUCAACAAAAUCAUGUAUCAGUUAUCAACAACAGAUAUUGGCAAAUGCUUCAAGUAAGAGCUUUUUUUUUCCCUUACAAAGAGCCAGUGUACCAGCACAUCUCUAGAUGUUUUGCUAUCAGCUUGCAAAUUAGAGCCAUCUUGAUUUCAAACAUGAUUAUGUGACUAUCAAGUUGUUUGUUCAAAAAUAUUUUUAUGAUUCUCUUGUGAAUGCAGGACAGUUAUUAACCUUGUUAGUGUAUUUUUUAUUGAUAAAAAUAUUGUAAAUUAUUUGAAUAAAAGAAUUCUUGACAAGAAAGAACUAUGUGAUGAGGUGGUAUCUGGAUUAAACUUCUAGAGGAGAGAUAGUGAACAUUGAAAUGUCUGUCUCAAGUUCUUUGUCAGUGAGAGAACAGAAAUGAGCACAUUUAAAAAUGACUGAAUUUUGCAAAGCAAGACUGCAUCAUGAAUAUUUUUAGCUAUGGACUACACAGUGUGUAGUAACAAAUGCAGUCUAAGAAUGAAAGAUUUACCAUCUCCAAACAGAACAAAGGUCUAAUAAAAAAAUAAAAUCCAGGAAAAUUUACUGAACUCUGCACAGUACCUUAAGCACAUACUUUUUGAGGGAAGUAGUUGUGUGUAGAUAUAGAUUCUGAAGACCUUAAAUGUCUCUUACUACAUUAUCUAAGAUCCAUUCACAUUGAACUUAGUUAUAAGGUGACUCUGAAGAUUAAAAAAAAAAAAAAAGUGAAACUUCCAACAAAUUGCCAGAAUGCCUUCAGUUUGGUGUCAGAGUUCUGCAAAAUCACCAUACCAUGUAAUUCAUAACUGUUGUCUUUGAAACUGUGUGAAAAAUUGAACAAUUUUCUAAAGAAAUAAAUCCAGGUUUAUAAACGAGUUACUUUGCCAACAAAGGUCUGUCUAGCCAAGGCUAUGGUUUUUCCUGUAGUCAUGUAUCGAUGUGAGAGUUGGCUUAUAAAGAAAGCUGAGCGCCAAAGAAUUGAUGGUUUUGAACUGUGGUGUUGGAGAAGACUCUUGAGAGUCCCUUGAACUGCACGGAGAUCCCACCAGUUCAUCCUAAAGGAAAUCAGUCCUAAAUAUUCAUUGGAAGGACUGAUGCUGAAGCUGAAACUCCAAUACUUUGGGCACCUAAUGUGAAGAACUGACUCAUUAGAAAAGACCCUGAUGCUGGGAAAGAUUGAGGGCAAGAGGAGAAGGGGACGACAGAGGAUGAGAUGGUUGGAUGGCAUCAUUGACUCAAUGGACAUGAAUUUGAGUAAACUCCAGGAACUGGCAAUGGACAGGGAGGCCUGGUGUGCUACAGUCCAUGUGGUCGCAAAGAGUCAGACAUGACUGGAGCGACUGAGCUUAAUUGAACUGGGUAUGAUUGCCUAAUAACAGUACCUCUGUUAAGAUCAAAGCAUAAUGUUGUAUUAUGUUCAUGAUAUUUUAAAACUUUCUUCCUGGUGUUUAAUUUUUGAAGGCAGAAACCUUGGCUGGACAUUUGUAGCCAGUAGGUCUCCUAGCAACAAUCUGUAAAUUAUCAAAGAAGCUUGAGCUAGAACGUAGGUACUGAAAUAUGCACACAUGCUUUAUUGGAAAAACUCAUAAAUAUCCUAGAAGAUAAUCUUCUUUGACUCUUAGCUAUGAAACUUGGCCUUUUCAUCUAUACUGUACAUUGAUUUUUCUUUUUUGAUUAAAGCAACUUGGCUUCCUGA